GCCUGAAUUUCUUACAUUUGAAAAUAAAAAGCAAAUGGAAGUAAGGCAAUAUUUGAAAGAAACAGAAAAGAAUAAAAAAAGAAUAAAAUGAAUAAUAUAGAUUCUGCCUCACACCACCAAGAUGAUCUCUUAUUAAGCAGCAUUACUUCAAUGAUGAUGAUUUGUGAAUCACAAACCAUGAAGUGUAUCUGUAUGUGUCGAUGGUGGGAUUUGGCUCAUUUAAUACUGGCUCAGCUUCAGGUUAAAGAUUCUUCUCUUCGUUUCAUCUGUAGCUGAACAGUUGGAGCUGGGAACUAGAGUGUUUUCUUUGAUAAAAUCCAAUUAAAACCCAAACCAAAUCAAAAUCGAGAUUUCUCUAAUUUUUUGCCUUGUUUGCUAAUUGCUGUUGCAUAGAACCUGUUCUACUGUGAAAUUAGUCUUUUAUGGCACCAUGUAACAGUGAAGUAAUAACAAACCAGUAACUGAAGCACAGAAGUGUUGAAGCAACGAAACAUUGGAGCAUUGAAGUAGUGAAGUAGUGAAGCAGUGAAGCAGUGAAGCAGUGUGCUAAGUGGGUGGGUUCUAUUUUGACUGGAGUCCCAAUUAACUUAAAUUUGGGGUUUUUUGAGAGGAAAUUGUUGUGAUAAGCUAAACUUUUUGCGCUAGAAUCACUUUAUGUAUGUAAUGUGGAUUAUUUCAAGUUUUAAAAUUGUAGAUUAUUAU